GUGUCCUGGCUUGCCUGGAUGGGUAUAUGAAUAUAGCCCUGGAACAGACUGAAGAAUAUGUCAAUGGACAACUAAAGAACAAGUAUGGGGACGCAUUUAUCCGAGGAAAUAAUGUAUUGUACAUAAGCACACAGAAGAGGAGGAUGUGA